GGCUCAAGCGGCCCCACAGGCAGCUCCAGCUGCCCUUCUGAAGUGCCCAGUUGCAUUGGGCAGCCGCUGCGGCAGCCAGCCCGCACGGCCGCAUUGGCAGCCGCAGCUCCACUGGGUGAGAUGUCUGCUCGACAACCUGUUCGAUUCGCACCGACCGACAUCAUUCCCAGCAAACUGGCCUGGGCUGCCGAAGGCCAGACGGUCUACGCUGGUGGACCCCACGCCUCGUACUUCCGGCUCGCGACGUGGGAGAUAGACGCUCAGGCCUUCGAGCACGGGGCUUUCAGGGUCAUGCACUACGACAGGAAGUGCCUCGGCAGCGCCUUCGGCCCCCUGUCCCUCGUCCAGGCGGUCCUCUUCUCCGAGGAGCGCGCCAACGUGGCCGUGUUGUUAGGAUGCUACCUGAUCACCCGAGAGGGCUGGACGGUGGACCAAGUCGCGCGGGCUUUGCCGGCGGAGGCCGAGGUCCGGUUCCCUUGCCAGUGGGACCGCGCUUGCAAGAGGCAAGACCCAGUGAUGGCCGUGCGAGAUUGCUGGGAUGGCAUCCAGCUUGCGAAGAAUUUGAGAUGGCUUAGUUCCGGCCCAGGCGAAAAUGUCCAUGUGUCGCUCUCGAUCAGCCAGCAGCUGCGCAUGCUUGCUGAGUACGAUGCUGCUUGGAUGAUCCCGGACAAGGUGCUUGUGAUGGCGGACCCGAUGACAACCAUCAGGGACCCGAACCCGACCACUUGCAGCCACUUCUCCGGCAGACCUCGCGUGGAGGAGAGCAUAUGGGACAUGGAGCCGCCAGUGAUGAAGCGGCAGGACGCGACCCACCAGCGGCAGGUCACGGCGGACACGUGCGACACCAGCAACCCCGACUCCGACUCGCUCAGCGCAGGAGGGGCGCUGGGGCCACCUUGCACCGGAUUCAAGCUGAAGAUGAUCUUUGAGAAGAUCAAUUCUGGCUCGACGACGCUGAGGGAUGACGAUCACCCUGGCGAGAACGCCGAGGACGGCAGUUCCAAGGAUAGCAUCGCCAGCGUCUGCAAGCGCGACAACCGGGAUGGGCUCGGCGUCAGCAAGGCGCGCAGUGACGUGGUCAUUCCGGACUUCGUCACGUUCUGUCACAUGAAUCGGAUCUCCACCAUCGUACGGACGAACUCUGGUCAGGAGGAGGGCCUCGUGGAAGACGGCGGCAGCUACCACCCCUCUCAAGUAUACCGCCAUGGCAUACGACACGUGGACAUGUUCGUGAACGACACCAAGGGGUCAUUGCCAAGUGUUGAGGUCAUCUGGCAAUUCUUAGACCUGGCGCGCCAGAUGGGCCUCUUGAAGGAGAAUGCGGACGGCCUCUCGGACGAGAGCCCCGCCCUGCUCGUCCACUGCAAGAGCGGCUUCGGUCGCAGCGUCCUCUUGGCGUGCUGCCUGAUCAUAUUCGCGUACGACGUCCCCGGCAGGGCCUUGCUGGGGUGGGCCCGACUCGUCCGGCCAGGCGCGAUCACCGUGCGAGAGCAGGAGUUGUUCCUCUGCGGCCUCGAUGGCCGCGAGGACCUUCAGAGGAUGAUCGAGGAGGCGCGCUCCAUGCAGCCCCCCCAUGGCGAGCUGACGUGCCAGUCGUGCUGCUCGGUACAGUGA